AUGCACAACUUGGCCGGUCGACAACUUCCGCACCAAAUUCUCAGGGAAUUGGCCAGAAAAUAUGGACCACUCAUGCACAUCCAGCUUGGUCAAGUGUCUGCAGUGGUUGUGUCAUCAGCCAAGAUGGCCAAAGAGAUUUUAGUAACUCAUGAUCCUGCCUUUGCUACAAGGCCCGAGAGUCUAGCCACCAAAACCAUCUGGUAUAAACGGGACGAUUUGGCAUUUGGCUUUUAUGGAGACUUUGUCAAGCAAAUGCGCAAAAUAUGUGUGACGGAGCUUCUUAGUGGGAAGAACGUCCGGUCCUUUACAUUUAUUCGACAGGACGAAAAUUCAAAACUUAUCAGCACAAUUCGAUCUGCUCAAGGGAGGCCAGUCAAUGUAACUAAGAUGAUUUUGGCCUAUUCAAGUUCAAUGGCUUGUAAAGCCGCAUUUGUUAGAGUAUGCAAGAAUAAAGAAACCAUGCUCAAGCAAUUGACAACAUCAGUUGCCAUAGCGGGAGGCUUCAAUUUGGCAGAUUUUUUCCCUUCACUGGAAAUUUUGCCUAUUAGCACUGGGUUGAAACGUAAAUGGAAAAAGAUGCACCAUGAAUGGAUGAUAUUGAUAAGUGACUAA